UUGAUAACAAUAAAUGUUUGUUGGUUGACAAAUGAGUUUUAAUGACUCCAUCCUAAGUGUAUGUAAACUUCCAACUUCAACUGUACAUCUACAUGAUGUAUUGUUACACCAUGUAGGAGCAGUAUAGACCUAGUCUGUUCAUUAUAUACAUCUACAUGAUGUAUUGUUACACCGUGUAGGAGCAGCAUGGACCUAGUCUGUUCAUUAUAUACAUCUACAUGAUGAAUUGUUACACCAUGUAGGCACAGCAUAGACCUAGUCUGUUCAUUAUAUACAUCUACAUGAUGUAUUGUUACACCAUGUAGGAGCAGUAUAGACCUAGUCUGUUCAUUAUAUACAUCUAUAUGAUGUAUUGUUACACCAUGUAGAAGCAAGUAUAGACCUUGUCUGUUCAUUAUAUACAUCUACAUGAAAAAAAGGAAAAUUAUAUUAUUUUAUACUAAUACAAUUGCUCAUAGAAAGAUUUAGUUUAACAUGUAAUUCUCAAAGGUAGGGGUCUGAAUUAUUGCCUCCCAUGUUUUCAAUACUCCAGCACCCUCCCCUUGGGAGGAUAAUGACACUCAAAUGUUUUAUGAGAUUAGAGAACACAUUGGGUGGGAUCUUAGACCAUUCCUCCAUACAGAAUCUCUCCAGGUCCUUGAUUUCUUUUGUCUGUGCUUGUGGACUGCCCUGUUCAAUUCAAACCACAGGUUUUCAAUGGAGUUCAAGUCCAAAGACUGAGAUAGCCAUUGAAAAUGUUGAUUUUGUGCCCAAUUAACAAUUUCUUUGUGGAUGUUGAUGUGUCUUGUUGGAAGAUCUACUUAUGGCCAAGUUUCAGCCUCCUAGCAGAGAGGAAACCAGGUUUUGGGCUAAAAUAUCCUGGUAGUGGGUAAAGUUUAUUUAUUUAGUUAUUUUAUACAGUACUUUUUGCUCAUCUUUAUCAAGGGUAUCAAUAACUAUGUGCUUAUUUUGAUAUCUAGUUAUUUGACUGAAUCAGAAAUACAGAUGUGUAGUAGAUGUAGAGUUUGUUUUAAAUUCUCAUACAAAAAUCUGAACUAAUCAAACAACACUUGUUGCUCUUUGUAUGUGUUGACAUAAUAUUCUUAUUUAAUGGAGAGGGAAAAAACGUUUCCCUAAACUGCUUUUUAAUAUUAUAAUUCAAUGAAGAAGAAAAGUUUUCCCUCAACUGCGUUUCCUCCCUCCAGACAGCAGAUGGCGAUAUGUGUCUUUCAGGCGAUGUUUCUAGUGUGAUGUAUAAUCUAGUGGACGGAACGCUUCUUCAACAACUGCAGCCACCUCGGUAGCUCGCUAGACAACAAAGUCGGAACAUUCAAGUUCUUUAGACAAUUCCGUGGUUUAUUUGCCACUAUGAUUUAAACAUACCUAUGUGGAAACAACUAGUUACCCCAUUUAAUUUAAUAUUUACGUAAGUCAACUAGCUGGCUGGUUAAGUUAGCACUAUUCUAGUCGCUAAUGCUAACUAGCUAUUAUCCCCCACCAUGAGCUCACUAAGUUUCUCUCCUGCUGAAGAAGAGUAGGUCUGCUGGACGGAGAAAGAAGUUCUCAUGAAAGAGGAGGAGGAAGAGGAGGCUGUUACAAUACAGAAACAAUUAGAGGGUGAGGCUGUUACAGUGAAAGAAGAAGAGAAAGACGCCUUCAGAGUGAAAGAGGAGGAGGAUGUUACUGUGAAAGAAGUGGAAUAUUCGGUUUUUGGAGUGGAGGAUGAAGUGAAAGAAGAGGAAGACGUUUUAGGAAUGAAGGAUGAGGAGGGGGAGAUUACUGUCACAUUAGAGGAGGAUGAAGAAGAGAAGACUGGAGAACUGAUUAACACCAAUACCUUGUAACUGGAGAUUCCUUCAAAACGAUUGCCUACGGUUACCAGGUAGGGCACUGGAAGGUUCGGUGACCAUGGUCAUCUGGGACUGCCUCCUGGAGGAAUUCAGGUGUAUGAAGGCUACCUGUGUCCUGCGUAACUUCAUGAGGAUGGACACAAGGACCAGGAGGGGAUCUGCUGCUCGCCGCCGUGUGCCAGAGGAGAAGUCUACUGCUCUGCAGGAUGUUUCAAGGAUGGGGUCCAACAACGCAGCAAGAGAGGCAAUCCGGGUGCAUGAGAUCUUCACCUCCUACUUCUUCAACAAGGGUGCUGUUCCCUGGCAACACCAUAGACUACACUAUGCACAACCAAAGUCUCUUUUAAGAGUCAUUCACAUUACAAUAAGAGUAUUCUUCCAUUUACUUAGCUAUGUCAACUGCAGUUAUUCCAUUCACAGUUUCUCUCCCUUUGAUUUCUACUUCUCAGGUGAGGGUGCUGUUUAGAUAAGGGUGUGAUGUCUGUGCAAAAAACAAAACAGACUACUUUAAAUCACUAAUAUUGAAAAAAAUUGUGCGCAUUAGCCCAUAGCACGGUGCCUGACCAGUCACAUAUUCACCACGGUAAGCAUGGGGAGUUGGCUCAGGUUUGAAUCCUGAUUCUGGCACACUCCCCAUGUGCCUCCCUCCCCAAAAAUUUUGGGCCUGCCUUUCGGGCUUCCUUUGUAGCCGUUAUCCUUCAUAACGCUGCCGCUCGGCUUUAGCUGCUACCUUCGCCUACCUCUCUGCAUCUACCUUCUCCCAGGGCAGGCGAUCCUUCCCAGCCAGGAUCUCCUCCCACUUCCAGGAUCCCUUGCCAUUCAAAAUGUUCUCCCACGUCCAUUCCUCCUUACCACGCUGCUUGGUCCGUUUGUGGUGGGAAGUUCUGUCAUGGCUGUUGAAGGAAGUGGACCAAGGUGCAGCGUGAUAUGUUUUGAUGUGAGAGGAUGCCAACCCCCAGUCCCAUCAUCGCCACCUCACCUGCUUUAAAGAUAACCUUUUGGGCCAACGAGAGACACUAUUAUGUAAUUGUGAUGAACUGAGAGAAUAUUUAGGUAGCACUUUAAUUCAUUAAUCAUGUGCUGCCUUCCCUGCUCCUAUGUGCUUACCUCUUUCCCUUUCUGUCUUUUACACCUCUCUCACCGCCUCCUUUUUCUUCCUCUGUUUUUAUAAUGCACAACAUCUGUGCAUUGAAGUACAGAUUGAACUUGUAUUUAUAACACUUGGAUAAUGAGCUUUUCAAUAAAGCGUUUCACAUUCUCUACUGGUUGAAAUGAAGUAUAAUGUGAUGAAAUACUCCACCUAUCCUGUGUUUAUCAGAUCAAUGCAGAUGAAGGGCAUUAGAUAUUGAGAUGAACCGGUAUUAGAGUAUUUACAUGAUGCAUAGGAAGUGUAAUGUACUGUUUUUUAACAUUAUAUUUCUGUAUAUAUGAAUUAACUAGUUCAAUCCUGUUUCCAGUCUAUUAGUUAGAAUGUGUAACCAUUGAUGUCCCAGGACCAAGAUUGGUAAACACUGUUGAAGUGUAUAAUUGUAAUACAUACAUGAAGACACAGCGUCAUUCAAAGACUGGAACUUGACACUCCUGGUAUUGGAUAUGACUGAAAAAUAAUCUCAAAGACAUUCAUACCUAAACUGCACAUUUAUUUGCCAAGGUAGAGUACAUGAUCAGUGAAUAUAUUAAAUGUACAGGCUACAAUGUGGAGAGCUCAUGCAUGGUAAUAACUACAUGUAUAUAUGACUUGCAUCCUUGGCACAACAUGAUAUUAUAUUCUACUCAGUCCAUAGGCUUCAUUAAUGUCAUUCAGGCUGUUUUGAAGUUCAUACAACUGGCUAUGAUAGCUGAGGUUCAUAUCUAGGUUCUGAACUAAUUUGUUUACCAAACGUUUGGGUCCAUACACAGAUCGGCUAGAUAGCUAGCUACACAUCCAUAGGCAUACAGGGAUUUUAAUCAUCCAUUGCACAAAAAGCAAGAACAUAGAUAGCUACGUUAUUUCAUCUAUUUGCAGCCAAAUAUCAGCAAAAUUGUACAUUCAAUUUGCAGUAAACUCUUCAGCUAGGUAGAUUCUAUAGAUCCACUGUUUCACAAAACUACAGCCUGGUUUGCUGGUUGUUUCAGGAGUCCCUAAAACAACCAGAAUGACAAUUUCAUACUCAUGUCACAACACCCAUAAAGCUAGCCCAGCUAUGUUAGCUGAUGUUAGCUUAUAGCGAUUUUCGUAAAUUAACUUUAUGAUUAAAUGAUUUUAAAAAAUG